AUGACCAUUUCUUUUGCUGGGGAGUUCCUGCAAAAUGCAGAGGAGCUUAUAAGGAUGGGCCUGCACCCAAGUGAGAUCAUAAGUGGGUACAAUAAAGCCAGAAAAAAGACGAUCGAAAUCCUAGAUGAACUGUUGGCCAAGAAGUUGUUUCGUAUGAGAUAUAGGCAUCAAUCUUCUUUCUUGGGUUGUUUGUUGCAGGUUCUUUGCUCUCAAGAGAAAAAGCAACAUAUUGUAGUUCAUGCUUUGGAAUUGCCACUCUUCUGUUACGAUGGACAUGUGGUUCAUUUGGUGCAUGGUAAGAGUGUGGAAGAUAUUGAUUAUGGUGGAGGUCUUUCUUGCAUAAAUUGGGAAGCAAAUUUUAAGGUUGGACGAGUUUUUCCAAAUAAGAUUGCCCUUAUAAAAACCUUAUGUUUAGCAGCAGUCAGAGGCCACUUUCGAUUUAGAACAGUCCAAUCUGGGAAACGUAGGUUGUGUGUUCGUUGUUGGCAACUUCCUUGCCCUUGGCGACUUCGGGCAUAUAAAGUUGGAUUACAUGAGUUUAGGGUUGUUAAAUACGAUCCAUUUCAUGAAUGUGAUCUAAGGUAUCUUAGUAGUCACCAUCCUCAAGCUAGUACGGGAUUGUUGUCUGACUCUGUGAAACGCAGAUUCAAGGAUUCUCGCACCAUUUAUACUGCAGGUGAUAUCAUCAAAGAUGUGCGACAAAAUUUUGGUGUGACCAUAAGCUACUCUAAAGCUUGGAGAAGCCGAGAGUUAGCUUUAAAGAUAAUUAGAGGGUCUGCAGAAGAAUCAUAUGCUCUUCUCCCUUCCUAUUGUUAUGUAUUGGAGCGUACAAAUCCUGGAACUUUGACAUACAUUGAGACUGAUGCAGCCAACCACUUUUUAUAUUUUUUUAUGUCAGUUGGUGCAUGCAUAAGAGGAUUUAAGUGCUCAAUGCGUCCUGUGAUUGCUGUUGAUGCUACCCAUUUGAAGUGCAAGUACAAAGGUGUUUUGUUUGUUGCCACCGCAUUUGAUGGAAAUCGUAAUAUAUAUCCUCUUGCCUUUGGGAUUGGAGAUUUAGAGACGGAUGCGGCUUGGGAGUGGUUUUUCACAAAACUACAUUGUGCAAUUGGUGAUUGCUCGAAUCUUGUUGUCAUAUCUGAUCGAAAUCUUAGCAUAGAAAAUGGGUUGAAAGGAGUUUUUCCUGAGGCAGCACAUGGUGUUUGCUUUUAUCACUUGAAGGGCAAUAUGAAAGCCUCAUUUAAGUUGAAGAAGCGGGAUCCGAUAUUGGGGUUUUUUGUGCGGGCGGCUAAGUCUUACCGUCUAGCAGAGUUCAAUCGUUAUUUCUCCAUGAUAAACAACGAGCGAGUGCAAACUUAUCUAGUACGUGCAGGGCUCCAUAAGUGGUCUCGAGCCCAUUGUGAUGGACGACGAUAUAAUGUCAUGACAACUAAUAUUGCAGAGUCCAUUAAUUCAGUUCUUCGUUUUGCAAGGAUGCUUCCGGUGGUACACUUGAUCGAGGAAAUUAGGAAUAUGCUUCAGAAUUGGUUUAGUCAACGUCGAGAUUUGUCAAUGAAAUGUAAAUCUAUGUUGUGCCCUGAUUUAGGUGAAAAGAAGUUGAGGAAGAGAUUAGACGCUGCUUCGAGGAUGAAUGUGGUUAAAAUCAAUGAUAUGGAGUAUAAUGUGCUUGAUGGUGAUAUGAACGGUCUCGUGCACUUGCAAAACUAUAGUUGUACGUGUAGGAAGUUUGACUUAGAGCAACUCCCGUGCAAGCAUGCUAUUGCGGUAUGUCGGCACUUGAAAUUGAACCCAUACUCAUUUGCCUCUUUAUAUUACACUCAAGCUACAUGGGCAGCUGCAUAUGCUGAAUCCAUUUAUCCUGUACCACCUCAAGGGACAUGGGUUGUUCCCGAAAAUGUCCAAAAUGUAAAUCUCCUCCCUCCUAUUUCAAAGGUUAUGCUGGGCCAUCGUAAGACGCAAAGAAUACCUUCUAAAGGAGAGGACUCGCGAGAAAGAAAAUGCUCAAGGUGCGGUGUGAAGGGCCAUUAUCGAAGUACAUGCAAAGAAGCUAUUCCCGUCACUAACAAGAAGCAGAUCAUUUAG